GUUUACGAACAGCAGCACCACUGGUAAUCGUCAUCUUCCCAAUCUUUACGUUUGAUUGAUAUUUAUUUUUUCGUUUCAAGUUCCUCUGUCGACCCCAGGCCCAAAAUGACGACCCGUUCCGUGGAGCUGAACCGAAAAAUGAACCAAUGGCUAGUGAACAUUCAAAAGGCAAAAAAGGAGCAGGAAGAAAGGUCAAGGUCACCCGCAGCUCCUGUAUUGAACUCGCAACAACAAAACGUCGCAUCAACCGGGACAAUCGAUGGUGGUACUUCUGCAACGGCGGUAGUUUUGCAGCAGUCGCGCGAGGUAAAACAGCAAGGACCAUCGUCCCCCGGCGUCGACGCAGUGAAGUCCCUGAUGUUGAACAAAGGGCGUUUCGCCGAGGGUGAGCAAGUGCGAGAAUCCGUUGAAAUCGCCGGUGGCGAGGAAGAUGAUAUGAAUUUCUACCGACCAACCGGAGCUGCGACAUCAUCCGUCUCUAUUCGGGAUUCGCGAGAAUCCGAGUUUUUCUACCGCCCGACCGGCGCAACUGCAUCUACUUCAGCGCCGUCGCGUAGGAGCGGAUCGCUGCAAGAUCAAAGCUUCUACCGACCGACUGACAGAGUGACAACUGGGGCAACAUCCAGAACUUCCGACACGGCAAUCAACGCCACAGACACUGCGAUGAGAAAAUCUAGCGCCGCGGUGGUUGCGAAGAAGGGUCUGAGCGUCAACUCCACGAAGCCGGGCAGGUACACAGAGUAUGAGCAAGCGAAAGAAAAGGAGGCGGAGAUGAAGAGAGCCCCCGCAGGUGAUUCCCCUGGAGUAGCACGGGAACAAGACUACAAUCUCGUUCUCCCGUUCGAGCAGCCGUGGAAACCGAAUCUGAGGCAAACCAGAAGAAACUCCGCGAACCGGAUUCUGAACAUGCAGCAACGGGAGAUCUUCGACAAAACGUCCACUUCCUCCGCAAUCGCAACUGGAAUUGUGGCUGGCUUGGAUGGAAGUUCAGCAUCACCUCCUGCCUCGGGAGAACUUGUUUCACCGCCGGCAGCAGCAGGAAGUGGCGCCGCCGCCGCUCUGUUCUACCAGCCAACAGCUGCACCAGGAACUACUAGCUCUGUCGCUGGUACGCUGAACUCGAAGGAAGGCGUAGGGAUAGACGUAGAACAGACUAAAAACGAUGAUGUUGGCGACUUGCGCAGAUCGCUAGCGGACAUCUUGCUUGAUGUGCAGCACAUGCGGUCGAGCGUGGACAAACGGAAGGAGGAGCUGAGCAACCACCGGCAAUCACAACGAGCGGCUUCGCGGGCCAGCAGUCGGAGGAGGAGUGCGAACGACGAAGAGGCAGAAAGGGCGACCAGUGUGGUUGCGGUGGGGGCGAGGGGGUACAGCUUAUAGAUGCAGUGUGUCACCAGAAGACACAUGUAAAAAUGCGCAUGCACGUUAUAUCUCAUCCAUCCUCCUCGAUUGUCAAUACUACUUUACAUCAAACAUCUCGCCUCCACUUCUAUGUUGUUCUUGUUUUCUCAGGUACUACAGUCGCAAGGUGGAAACGCUGUUCGACCGGGUCGAUUGGGCGAAGCUUGGUCUAGCACUCAACUUAUCCGACUGGCUGGGCGACUUUGUGAUGCAGAGCAGCGAACGGAACCGCAAGAACAGCGUGCUGACGAGGUUGUUGUCCGCCUUCCGGACGAAACUGGUGAAAAAACUGGUGUUCGGCACGAGUACCGCGCCGGAUCCGUCUGCGUCCUCCUCUUCCUCCUCGAAAAGCCUGAUCAGUUUGAAGAACGCAGCGUACGAAAUCGUGGAGAGAGCGCAAGUGCGGAUGGUCUUGGGCGAGGAAGAAGAUUUGCCAGGGCUGAUGGACGAAAUAAACCUGGAGGAAAAAUUUGAAAACUACGCAGCAAUUGGCGGGUCCACUUCGAGCAGUUAUUUCGAUUACGACCGGCAGAAGCAAAACGCGAUGUCCCGCUCGGUUGAUUUCCUUUCCCGCUAUCUUUUCGACUGCAAGGAGGCCGUGCGGCCGGUGCUGCGGGUUUCACUCCGUGCGCUGAUGAUGACGAGGCCAUUUACGAAUGAAGAGCUGCGGAAGGUAUAGAAGAAAUUGAAUUUGAUGGCUUUCAUGCGGGUGUGUUGUGUCUGAUUCAGAUUCUUGGUUCUAGAGUAGAUAAAAGCAUGAUGGAAAGUGCGACGUUUUCUUCCACUCAUUAUGCAUCAUACAAAACACAACGUCAACUCCAGACGAUGGGCAAGCUGCAGAGCAGUGGGGAUGUUCCCUGGAUAUCUGACGAGCUGAGCAAAAUCGCCGUCGACCGCGCGACCGGGAUUCUCGAGAUGGUCCGACUACAUGACAUUGACGGGAUGACAAGCCCAAGCCCUGGUGGAGUUUCUCCGCCCGGGAAAAGCGCGGCCAACAUGCUCCAGUCUAGAGCCGAAAUCCGGAAAUUCGUUCCAGAUUUCCCGGAAAGAGGAGAGGGUGGAGAUGCUACCGCUAGCAACGCCGGCUCUCUGCAGUACUUCGAAGACUACGCCGCAGAGCUCAAAGCAGCCGCCGAAGCGGUGAAGGCGGACCCAAAACUGCAGGAGCAGAUGUGCAACUCCCCAACAAAUGUUCGUGGGUCGUACAUCGAGACUCUCCGGGAGCAACUGAGAAACGAGCAAAACCUGAAAGAGGAGAAGGAACGGAAGCAGAGCAAACUCACCCUGUCCGCGGAGGAUGAGCAAGAAGCUUUGGAUGCGGAGGUUCGGAAGAGAAGCAAGAACUACGAGUACCGACGAUCGUUUGAAGAGAAGGUCGCGGAAUUCUACCUGGAAAAGAUGCAUCUGCGGGAGCCGGUACCACGAUCAGCCAGCCGGUCAAAUUACCGGUCGAAGUCGACGGAAAGAGGCGGUGGUGGGGGUGGACCUCUUUCAACCCGGAGCUCCAAACAGUCGUCGGCUUUCGGGAUGAACAAUCCGAAGAGCCCCCCGGCGGACACUGCCGAACUGUUUGGGAAGUUUUCCCUCGAAGAUCUCCUCGCUACGAAGCAAGUUGAGGACGACGAAGUGUUGAACCUCGCCGCAGAAGACAAAAUCCGGUUCGUCAGUCGGUUCGGGCUGGCGUUAGUCCGGGGGGAGAAAACGGGGAAGAUGAAACAACAACAAGCGAACGAGGAAGCAAACGCGAACACCUCCUCUGGAGGUCAAGGAAAUCAAUCUCAAACUACCCGGCGCAUUACGACCGGCAUAGCGGAUGAGCUGUUUGACAAUUUUUGGAACAACCCGGAGCAGUGGGCGUUUUUGGAAAAGGUCCGGUCCGCCGGCGCAGACGCACUGCAGCACAUGUUGCAGGGAUUUCUCGUGUCCGUCGACCUACCGGAAGACAUCGUUGACAUCCAGCACAGUAACGAACUCUCGAAAUUUUUCAAAAAGUUCCAAGCGACCAUGCCGCGGAGGGGGCACAGUACGGAGAUGCUGAAAAAGCACUUUGUGAACAACAGAAAGUUCGGCACGUCGCAAUCGCCGAGCACAGGGAAUAGGAAUAUUAGCAAAUCCCGGAGCCCGAACCGCACCGCAAACCAGAAAACACUCCAGGAUUUAUCCGGAUCGAGUAAAGAUUUCAAAAACACAGACGUGCGGUUCCAAGUGUUGUCGCCCAGACGCCAGAACCGCUUUGAAAGUCGAGAAGACGACUUCGAAUUUUCGCUCCGGUCCGCGACGAACAAGAAUAUUUUGCAGCGCGUGCAACUCCCGGUGAAACACGGAUCGAGUGACUCUCACCCGGAGAUCGCCAGUCAGAAGUUGAUUGACCGGAUUCAGCAGUUGCGCUUGGAAGAAAGUAAGAAGAUCAAGAUCGGCAGUGCCCACGAAGCUUCAAACGAGAGACAGGUCCUGGCUGCGGAGGCGCAGGCGCUGCUGGCGCUGGCGACGGGCGGGAAGGAGGGAGGGCCGCGGCGGGCGCUGAACAAGCCGUCGAGCAGCGCAGUAGGAAAUACGUCUUCACCGGAGAAGAAAAAGAAGGAAUCGAAACCCGGGGCAGCAGCGAGGGAUCUGAUUGCACGAUUGAGGGCACAGUUGAAAACGAGUGAUGGUGCUGCCGCAGGAGUGAAGUCUUCAGAUCCGGGGAACGCCACCCGUGUGCAGCCGGACAAUGACCCAAAAGCGAUCGUCGACAAGAGCAAGGCUCUUGCGGGUGCAACAAAAAAUGAAGCAGCCGCAGCUGCUUCCACGUUGGCUUUUCACGGUGACGCACUAACACAGGAAGGCCCGCACCCGGACACGCCUUCGGAGGACAGCUUGCUGAGUGAUGAGGAACUGCAAGAAGACGACGAGGAUUUGCUAGAUGAAAUAGGAACGACCAAAGCUUCUCCCACGGCCAAGCGGGCAGCCAAACAGGAGCGGAGGAAGAAGCAUUUGGAGAGGAACAUGCAGCAAAUAACGGCAAAACGCGACCCGAACAAGCCUCCGACUGUUCUCGACACCGAAGUCGUGUUUCCGAAAUUUCCUGAGAAUCAAUCGAAAUUAGAGGAUGACGACGAGUUCUACAGCCACACCAGGCGCAAGUACAAAAACCGAUUUGGCCGGGACGGGACCACGUUCGAGCAGUGGCUGAAAGAGGAGUUGGGAAGAACGUCAGCCAGGCCAGGGACAGGAACUAGAAGCACAGUUUCGUACAACUACACCAUGAAAUCCUCGGGAAACAAGAAAGGAGCUCGUGGUCCACAAGCUGGUAAUUACGUUGCAACAACAAGAACUCAACCCAUAAUUUCCGUUCCCGUUCCGCCCGAGCCGCCAGGGGCCCUCGCAACUACAAGCGAUAGGGAACUUUUGGAAGAUGAAGCGACCAGCUACAACUUCUACGAUGAACAAUAUCGCAUCAUUCCGGACCCCACGUCCUCUGGAAACGGCUUGGGUGCUGGAGCCGACUCUUCUACAAUGACCUCUCAGCAGUUUCGCACUUUGCGCAAGAAAACGACGUCGUCCAGUGUGAGCAGCUCUGCAGGAUUUUUUCCGACGCAACUACAGCAGGUCCCGCCUCUGAUGCCGAUGCUGAAAAAGACACAUGGUAAUAGCGGACAAGGGCAAGACGUUCUGUCCACCGACAUGAAGAUUCCGCUGCUCAGCUUGAUCUCCGAGGAGCCAGGAUCGUCUGCCAGCGGUGGCGGACAAGGAGAACAGCUACUAUCCACGACUGCAGCCGCUGCGGCAAAUCUGCAAAGAGCCUCCACUUUUGGCUCGCUGUACCCCAGUGGGCAGAUCGAGAGUGUUAUGUCCGGGGACGUGGCCGCGCUGCAUGAUGUUUACGACAUAACCUACGAGUUGGAGGCGAGGAUACGAGCACGCGCAGCUAUGAAGAGCAACAAAAUUUCUACCGAGGCAGCAGCUGGUACUUCUGCUACUCUUGGCGUUGCUGCUGCAUCUACUUCUUCUGCGCCACCAUUACAACCGGGAUCAGACGAGGUUGCUGCUUCUAGCGCGCAAAAUCAAAAAUCAGCCACUGAGGAUCAUCAUGAGCAGGACGAAUCAGAAAUUCUCGGUGGCAGUGUGGAUCUGAACGUGACAGAACCUGGCUCACCGUUGACGCCACGGCUAAACCGAAACGGGCUUCUUGACAGCGCCGUUCGUCGAGUAGUUCCUUUUCCGGGGGCGGUUGCACCUGCAGGAGCUUCUUCGUCACCACUAGCAGCAACGCAAGACAUCGAUGAAAUGUUGCGACAGGCGCAGAAGAGACUACGGGAGAAGGGCGUGGGCACGAAUACUAGCUUCGAGGAAGAGUUGUUGCAACGCGUUGACCCGGACCAUGCACACCGCUCGUCUAUAGAGGACAUCACAUCUUCCGAACAUCAAGACAUACAGGAAGCACAAACUCAGGCUCACCCCCUCCGCGCCGCCGCGCUAGCGACGGCCUUUGGCCAGAAGUUCCAAACCCCGGAAGCGCUGAUUGAUACGAUGUUCUCCCAGAGGCAAGAGAUUCUGGAACGGGUGAGGAGUGAGAAGAAGCGACAAGCAGAGCAGGUGGCGCAGGGGCAGAGGGUGAGUAGGAGUAGCGGCGCUGAGGGUGAUGGUGGUGAAGAAGAUCAAGACGUUGACGCGGAGGACCGCAAGCCGUUGGCCGUCGGCACGGACCAGAAAUUGUUCGGACAGGUCGGAAGGAUUUUGCGGGAUCGCGCGCUGGCGAAAAGCGUGCGCGAGUUGACGGCGCAUUUGGACCUUUUUGAGCAGUAAGGGUCGUUGGUUCUUGCAGCGACGUAGAAGAUGUGAAAAGUGUCGCGUUGUGUUCUGCUUCGAAAAAGAAGAAGCAAUGAAGAUAAACUACUGCGAGAAUAAAGUACAUCAGAACUACUUCAGAAUUGAGAUGCCCAGCACUUGGUCGCGUCUCAUCGCAGCGCGGUUGCGGCAUCUUCACCUCCAAGAGAAUACUAGAGAAUUUUGCUUGAUAUCAAUGGUGUGCGACUACAAAGAGAUGGAGCACAAAAGCAGUAUAAUAGCAGGAACAAAUGCAAAGGCAAGCUGGCUGGAAGAU